AUGCUUGGACACCCCAACUGCGCAGCACCAUGCAAGAAGCCUUUUGACAGCUUGAUGCCUGUCUUGGUCACAGACAGCUCCUCGGGAAAACUGUUGUCUCUAGUUGGUACAAUGGGAGGGAGUGCACAACCGCAAGCAGUCCUGCAGGUUUUAUUGAACAUGGUCGAGCACGGUCUAAACCCCCAAGAGGCGAUUGACAAACCGCGCCUCAGAAUAGGAUGGGGCCGCAAGCUUCAUCCGGAUGACCCACUCGCGGUGGAAGAUGACGUCGACGCUGAAUUAAUCGAGUGCCUGAAGCAAAGAGGACACGCUUUCAAACAAGUCGUCAGCGCAUCGAUAGAUCGGACAUGGGCCACGUCCACGUCAUCGCCAGGGGCAGGUGGUGGGACCCCGAGACGAGUGGAUCAGAUGGCCACGGGACUGGAAAUGGCGUUCUCUGGUGCGGCGCAGAUCAAAGAUGUGGCGGUGUCACCGUGGCUUACAGAGAGAAAACCGCACACAGCGCUCGCGAAAGGAAGCAUAACGCUUUCGUUUUUGUUUAUACCUCAGCUAGUUUGA